AAAUUAAUGAAACAUAAGUUCAAAGUUACAAAGGUGUUGCUCAGUUAGAAGUUGACCAUAGGUAUCGGAAGCUUUUGAGUAUCUGUCUGUACAGUGUAUUUUUCAGCUUAUUUAAAAAAUAAAAAUCAUUCCGGAGUAAAAAUAUGUCUACCGUUACAGAAACCAUUACUGUAACCAAUGGUUGCUGUCAUGGUCGUUUUGAAUCCAAAUCUUUGGGUUCUAAAAUCGAUUAUGAUUAUUUCUUCGCUCCGAUUACAAAAGCUCGCAUUCAUAAUUAUUUAAGAGUUAUGGGAGAUAAAAUGAGUAAUAUUCAAGGCAGAGCUUUCAAAUUUUCAAAUGGAAAUCCCCACCCCAAAACCUUCCCUUAUGAAGAAAUAUCAGUCAAAUUGAGAAACGGUCAAUCGUUUCAAGUAAAUGGCUUACAGUUGGAUCAAGGGCUGAGUUAUCUGAACUGCAAUGGGUACCAACCAUUGCUGAAUUUAUUAAAAGAUUAUCAAGAUCGGUUCCAUGGAAAUCAAGAUUGGUCAAAGAAAGAUGUAACUACUAUUUCUGGAAGUCAAGGUGGGCUUCAUCAGAUGUUGGAAAUGUGCGUUGCACCGGGAGAUCCUAUAUUGCUUCAAUCCCCUCUAUACACAGGAGUAGUUAGUGUGUUGCAUCCCUUAAAUGCAGAAUUCAUCGAAAUAGAAAGCGGUGCAAAUGGAAUCUGUACUAAAAGUCUGGCAAAUACUUUAGAAGAACGUCGAAGAAGAAACUUACCAAUGCCCAAAGUUUUUUACCUCAAUCCUGUUGGUUGCAAUCCCACCGGAGAAAUGAUUUCAGUCGAGAAAAAAAAGGAAAUCUACAAAAUAGCUUGCGAAUACAAUUUAUUAAUUUUUGAAGACGAUGCUUAUUUUUUACUCACUUUUAAUUCGGAAAUUCCAACAAGUUUUUUGGCACUGGAUACUGAAAAUCGAGUCGUUAGAUUUGAUACAGUCUCAAAAACAGUAGGAGCUGGAUUAAGACUAGGCUAUGUGACAGCUCCAAAAGAGAUUGUUGCUAAAUUGAAUCUUGUGAAAGAAUCUUCAACUUAUUGUUCUCCAUUUUGUCAAAUCAUUGUUCACGAAACGCUGAAUUCAAUGGGAUUUGAUGGUUUUAUGAAUCAUUUGCAUUCUCUUCGGGGCUUUUAUAAAGAACACUUGAAGACUGUUAUUAAAAGUCUGAAUCAACAUUUCAAAGAUAUCGCAACUUGGGAUGUUCCUGAAGCAGGCUUCUUUGUUUGGUUGACGAUAAAAAAUGUUGAUCAUAUUUCAGAAGAUUUUAUCAAUAAAUGUUUCAAAAAUUUAGUAUUGAUAGUCCCUGGGUUUGCAUUCUAUGCUAAAGAAAAAUUAUCACCAUGCAUUAGAUUGUGUUUCUCUUUAGUAGAAGAAGAUGAAAUUAUAGAAGGAUUCGAAAUCCUAGCACGUCUUCUCAAAGAAGAAAUAGCUGAACAAAUGAACAAUAAAACAAAAUACAGCUUGUUUUCAAAAUGAUUGCUUACAAUGCUUACUGCAAUUUGUGUCAACGUUCUGCUCCGAGAGCUCCCUGAUUGUAUCAAAAUACCCAAAAUCAACUUUCAAUGCAUCAACUUAUAUUUUGCCUUUACCUAUAUUUAUAGAUUACUGGUUUAUUUUAUGUACCUACGUAACUAUACCAAAUGAAUAUUUUGUGUUACCAAUUUCAAUACAUAAUACGUAAUUUUAAUUUUAA